AUUCGACUCUUUCUAAUCUGUCUGAUAGUCUGGCCAGUAACGUGCUGCCUGCUGCUCUCCAUCGUAUUUGUAGCUGAGUUACCUGCAGGAGACACACAAAGGUCAGGGAGAUAAGAAUCGAUUAUGAAGAGGGGACUACAGACUAUGGGCCUUACUAAAGGCUUUGCAUCCCAGACUAUGUGCAGUGUCGCGAUGGGCAGGAUUUAUGAAGUGUGGCUGCUUCUGCUUCAUGCUCCACUAGUCAGAAUCCCUGCUUGCUCGUGAUGUGGUUGGAGGCCCACAGGACAUGCCACGCUCACCCCUCUCCGCCUGCUGCCUCACUGACACAGCCGCGCGCCUGGUCUCUGAUAUCCGAGCAAGGAAGUGGGCCUGUAGUAAUAACUGGAGCACUAGCAGGCGCCCAUUGGACACCACAGUGUAAAGAGAAGCUAGAGCGUAUCAUUUCAUGAAGCACACCUUGUGAACAUGAGCAGCCGAGCAUCAGAGCAGCACUUCACAGACCCUACCCUCCCCCGUUCUCUAAAGGUGCAGCAGGAUGCAGGGCGUACUGCCUGCGUGUGGACUGCAGCCCCUGCUGGCCUUCCUUCUGCUUCAAAGUGUGGGCUGUGGCAUAACCAACGCCGACACUAUGGUGAAUAUGCGGAAGGUGACCCAUCAGACCAUUAGCGAGGAGCUGUCCAAAACUGUUCUCCUCCCCUGCCUCUUCACCCUCCGCCCAAGUGCCAGUUCAUCCCAUGAGCCCCCCAGGAUCAAGUGGACCAAGGUUUGGGGCCAGAGAGGCUCCGACGGCCUCCAGAAGGAACAGUCGGUCCUGGUGGCCAAAGACAAUGUGGUCAAGGUGAAGAAGGCCUUCCAGGGACGCGUAACACUGCCUGGUUACAAUGAGAACCGCUACAACGCCAGUCUUGCUCUGUCAGGGCUACGUUCCAGCGACUCUGGUCUGUACCGCUGUGAGGUUGUGGUGGGCAUCAAUGACGAGCAGGACACAGUUCCCCUGGAGGUCACAGGUGUGGUAUUUCACUACCGGGCCCCUCACGACCGCUACGCCCUCUCAUUCGCUGACGCCAAGAGGGUGUGUGUGGAGAACUCAGCGGUCAUCGCAGCACCAGGCCAGCUGCAUGCCACCUUCGCUGAUGGAUAUGACAACUGUGAUGCUGGCUGGCUGUCUGACCAGACUGUACGGUAUCCCAUCCAGUCGCCUCGGCCAGGUUGCUAUGGCGAUCGCGAGUACUCACCUGGAGUCCGUAACUACGGCAAUAGGUCCCCUGAUGAGCUGUUUGAUGUCUACUGCUUUGCUAAGCAGCUUCAAGGUGAAGUCUUCCACUCCGCAGUGCCGGAGAAGUUGAGCCUGGCGACAGCCUCCACCCACUGCCAUUCCCUGGGAGCCCAGCUGGCCACUGUCGGGCAGCUCUACCUCGCCUGGCAGGCUGGCUUGGACCAGUGUGACCCGGGCUGGCUGGCUGACGGCAGCGUCCGCUACCCUAUCAACGUCCCGCGGAAGAACUGCGGCGGAGACGAGCCCGGGGUGCGGACUGUCUAUAGCAACCCCAACCGCACCGGCUUCCCCGACACCACAGCUCUGUUCGACGCCUACUGCUACGGAGCCCACCAGCCAGCAGGGGUCCAGGCUGCAGAGGCACAGGAUUUGUACCAGCCAACCGCCAACCCAGCAGCAGAGGCCAUCUCCUCAGUCACUGAAGCACAGACUAGUGACCCCUUUUUUAAGACCUCCACCUGGACUGGCCUGGUUGACUUGGACAACGCAGGAGUUCACUCCAUUGCUGGAAUCAACAACUCCUCGGAGAUCUCUGAAGAGCAUGUAGUCGUCCACUUAAGGCCAGAGGAGGGCUGGGGUGGAAAACAGAAUGGACCCAGCCAGGAGGAGUCUGGUGGCCCAGUGGAUAGCAACAGCUUUGGCCUUUCCGACCUCGGGAGCCUGGAGAGCCAUGGAGGUUCUGCUCAUGAAGAAGAAGAUGGUGGAUAUUAUGGUUCAUCUGACACCCCAACAUUUUCCUCCAUAGCUUCUUCCACUCCCCAGCCUCAGACCAGUCACAGUGUGUUGGCAGAGUUUGUUAACACUCUGAUGAGGCCCUUUAAGUACUGGACUGAAGGUAAGGAGACAGAAAAGGGACCUUCAGUGCUUGAUGAAAAAGCAGGAGAGAACCAGACACAGGGAGAAUCAUCCACCAGAAACCUGAGUAUACCAAAACCCAGUGGAAACAAGGGCAGCGUGGACAAUGCCAUCAGGGAGCACAGGAGUGAUAGUCUUUCCUUCAGGGCCCCUACCAGCAGACUACCGAGUCCAGAGGAAGGUCUGUCUGAGCAAGAGAAAGAGGUGAUGCCCCUGAUUCGUUUAGUGCCUGCAGUCCAAAGCACAGGGCAAAGUGACACCACCACUCAGCCAGGAGAACGAAUCUCCAGCACAUCUGCUUACAGCCCUCCAUCUGCUGUUAACGAAUUCACUGCAUCAAGUCCCAACGAGAGCCCACCACCCAGUGAACAUGUCAACUUAUCUGGUCCUCAGGGUCCCAGAGGAGGCCCAGCCUUUGCUCCAGCCCCUGGAACCCACUUUCGGUGGGCCAUCAAGUCCAUGCGUGGCUCCAAACUAGGCCCCCCUGGAAAAGUGGACUAUGUAGGUAAAGGUCCCACCUGGGAGCCUAUGGAAGCCAAAGCAGGGCCACUCGAGGUGAUGACCCUCCCCACCUCCCUUCGACAGGACAACCUGGAAAACUAUUCAGGCCAGGGGAGGGACCAGGAUGGAGAAGAUGCUAACACUCCAUCAGCUGCCAGAACUGCCUCAGGGCAGGAGAGGGAGAUAGAGGGGAGCAGUGAAGGGAGCAACGUUCCUGAUGGGUUUGAAUUGAAAGUGAACAACUUGGACAGCAGUGGUGUCAAACUGAGUCCUGAAACAGAGUCUUCUCUCCGCCAAAGCCAGACUGAGCUUGUGACUGUGGCAGAGCACACUACUCUGUCCCAGUGGCAGCUAGUGGAACAGCCUACCACCCUACCUCAGGGCUCUCAGGAGCCAAAUACCGCAGAGGAGGCCAGGGGCGAGAUCCUUUACGUCCGCCGGCCAACUGACAACCUCUCCUCUGCUUCUUCACAAAGAGUAGAAGGUUCAAAUUCAGGUUUCACGCCAGUUUUCAGGAAGCAUAGCAAAGGCACGAGCCGAAAGGAGAUGGUGACCUCCACACCUGAAGCCCUAAUGCAGGUGCUCACAACCUUUGAGGUGACCACAGUGGAGCUUCUGACAACCAGCAACACACAGAGGACCGAUCCUUCUACCACAGCAACCACUACAGAAAAUUCCUCAGACAGCGCCACCACAGAGGAGCCAUCGAUUUCCAUUUCAUGGAUUCAGGAAGAGAGGGAGAAAACAACAAGCACGCCCAGCCAGCAGGACCACAUCUCAGAUACUCCUGCACCCAGUGAGGGAUCUCAAACGACUACGGGUGUCAUUCAGUUAACUACCUUCGCAUCAGACUCCAACAUUGGCGCCACAGAAAUGGAAUCCAGGUCUGCUGUGUCUGAGUCCUUCGUGGUUGGAAGUCGGUGGACACCUUUCAAAGGCGUGAGCUCAAAGUCAGAGGAAAACAAAGCUUCGGCAACGGCAGACGACAAAGACACAAACAACCCUUUCGGCAUUCUGGUACCCAACUGGGCCUUCGGGCUCAUCCCAUCAGUGGAGAAUAACCCAUGCCAGACCAACCCUUGUCUUCACGGAGGGAGCUGCCUGCAGGAAGGUGAUGGCUAUAGCUGCUACUGUCCUCAGGGCUUCUCUGGAGAGAGCUGCGAGAUCGACAUUGAUGACUGCCAGUCUAAUCCAUGCCAGAAUGGAGGAACCUGCAUCGAUGAGAUCAACUCCUUUGUGUGUCUUUGUCUGCCCAGCUACGGAGGAGCUACCUGUGAGAAAGACACAGAGGGCUGCGAGCACACGUGGAGGAAGUUCCAUGGCCACUGCUACAGGUACUUCAGUCGGAGACACACCUGGGAGGACGCCGAGAAGGACUGCAGGGAGCACAGUGGCCACCUGGCUAGUAUCCACAGCCUGGCCGAGCAGAACUUCAUCAGAGGUCUAAGCCAUGACAACACUUGGAUCGGGUUAAAUGAUCGUACAGUGGAAGACGACUUUCAGUGGACCGACAAGAUGGACCUGCAAUAUGAGAACUGGCGUGAAAACCAACCUGACAACUUCUUUGCUGGAGGAGAAGACUGCGUGGUUAUGAUUUCUCAUGAGAAUGGCAAAUGGAAUGACGUGCCCUGCAACUACAAUCUGCCCUAUGUCUGCAAGAAGGGAACAGUGCUUUGCGGAGCCCCACCCACUGUGGAUAAUGCAUUCCUGAUUGGUCGGAAGCGUUCCCACUAUGACAUCCACUCAGUAGUGCGCUACCAGUGCGCAGACGGCUUCCUGCAGCGCCAUGUGCCCACUGCUAAGUGUCGCGCCAACGGCAAGUGGGACCGGCCUAAAAUCAUCUGCAUAAAAUCCCGACGAGCCCACCGUUACCGGCGCCACCACCACAAGGGCAGGAGGGAGCGCAGGAAGCACAAGAAGCACGGCCACAGAGACGGGGGGCACCACGGAGGAGAGCCAGGCCAGGGCCACAACCACGCCCACUUCUGAACCAAAAAAAACCCAUCCCCUUUACUUUUCUCCUCUGCUGCCAACUGCAGUUUGCCUGUCUCCCUGUCGUCCCUUCCUCUCGCCGCAUUUUCCCCAAACACUACUUCACACCUUACAGCCCAAAACUCUCUGCCCUCCCUGCCCUCCCUGCACAACCCUGCGCUGCCCUUAGCUCCACCCCUGGCUCUUCGAGUCAGCCUGUAUCAUAGUCAACUCUGAGGCCUGCCAAAGUGCUGCCAGGCUUCACCGGGACAACAACAGAAUCCCUUUGUACUCUUUUUACUUUCCUUAACCUGCUUUACUUUCCUGUCUUAACUUGUCUGUUUCUCACCCACCCGCUAACACUCGACCCAGUUACUCCUCCUCUGAGCUCAACGGUGACCUGACACAUGGGGCUACGCUGACUUGUUUCUGAAAAAAAUAUAUAUACCUUUGAGGUCCACACCGAACAUUCUUCGGAGAGAAGUGGUUUAGUACAAACUAUAAAUAGGGACGACAUCACUGAAAAUGCCGUAUCAAAAUCAGACGAGUCAAGGAAGACAUCCGUGUUGUUCACUUGAGCCUUUUGUCUGUUGAACACCAUUAUUAUUUUUUACAAAUCCUCAGUGUUUAUUUCUUGACUCUGCUGCUUUUGGUUUGUUCUUUGGAAGACAUUGUGCUUGACUUAAAGCGAGUUAUUCUGAAACCGAUUUGAGUGAUUUUCUUUGAAUCAGAGGCGAUUGUAAUUGAAUUAUUUGAUUAUUAGCAUUGUAUCUUCUUGUCAGUGUGAGACCAUUACUUUAGAUCAGAUGCUAAACCCCCAGAGGAAAAUGGAAAACACAAUUCAGUUUCAUUGCACCACACAUCAGUCAUUUUUCUAAAGUGUCAGACAUCCACCCCAGUCAUAGUCACAAGUUAAUUUGAUCCUUUGAUGACAGUUUGUCUCAACUCCUCUCAGUAAUCCCACAUCUGCUUUGCCUUUUCUCAUCAUUUGUGUUGCUGUGAGAUUGUGUGCUGUGAAUUAAUGACGGUGAUGCAGCAGGGUGAAGUUCCUUUCACUCAUCUGUUUCUUCUUUAUUUGGGAGUUUUUACGUGUUUGGUCUAAUGAGGAGAAAUAACGCUGUCAGCCAGGCAUGAGAGAUACACAGAGAGAUACAGAGAGAGACAAAGCAGUUUAUCUGUCUAGAUUCAGUAGCACUCUCAUAUGUCUCAGCAAGCACAAGAUAUGACAAGUCUAUGCGCAGAGUUUGGCUACUACACUGCAAAAACAUAUACUGUGUGUAUAUAAAGAUGUUUUAAAUUCAGCUAUUCAAAACUUUUUCAUGAGAUAAUCCUUGCCUGUUUUUGGUGCAUUAUCCCUCUGCAUCAGGAAGAACGUCAGGACAGAAUAAGACAUAGACUUUGACUUUGACACCAGACUGUCGAUCACAUCAUAUUUGUUUCUUUUCAUUUUAUUUGCUUGAAUCUAAACAUAUUUUAGUAUGUAAGUAUUUUCCAUGGUCACAAUCUUUCCCAACCUUAACAAAGUAGUUUAGUGUGUCUUUAUGCAACAGACCAGCAAAACAUCCAAACUGGUCGUUCUGGAUAGCGCCGACGAAUUAGCAACUUUGUUCUUAAACAAGCUUCAAAUUUCUAAAAUAAUCUCAUCCCCAUUCAGUUGUUUAAAAAAAGUGAGAUUUUAAUUAUUAAACCUGCGUAAAUUAACUUUUUGGCCACUUUGUACCGCACAACAUUGACAUAUUAUCACCUUAUAAAGUCGUUAUGGCUAAUGUAUUAGCGAACAUUUGCCUGUUUAUACAGUCAGCAUAUGGGGAGCAACAUUAGCAUUCAUUUGGAGAAUUGUGUCACAUGGCAGACACAUAGCAAAGAUGAGUCCAAUACUCUCCGUUUAGCUCUGUUUUUGUCACCCAACUCCUGAAUGAAAUGUUCACCAGCUAGUUGCUAACUUUGUGUACUUAAUGCUGGGCAGGUAGCGUACAUUGAGUUCAUCACACAUUUUGUAUUGCUGCAAACAACUGCUUGCUGUGGCUGGAAACAACGCGGGUGAGAGUGGUGAAACCCAAAAACCAAAACCUUUAGAUGGAAGAGGUUUAAAACACUCCAUAAAGCUGAGGGGAAGUGAAGAGUUGGGUUUUCUGUGGCUUUAGUCGAUGCAAGCAUCCCCUUUCACAAAUUGCUGUGUGAGCCAUUGUUAAUUUAACGAAAUUGAUUAGAGCAGGUUUAAAUUUUACAUUGAAUGACUUGUAAACAUGUACAUUUUUUGCAGCCCUCUAAACCAUGAUGUGUUGGGGAACAGGCAUGAGAGAAAGAGACAGAUGAUGAUUGGUGGAUCAUGAAUUUAAGCUCUGUACACAGGGUAUGAGGAUGAGGAGCCUGGAAAUGUUGAGAUCUCUCUCCUCUCAGUGUGUGUGUGUUUAUGAUUGAGGAUGUUGACAGUGGCUGAAGUCCCAGCGGAUGAUGAUAGAGAGGGUCAGCAGGGAUUAAGCCUUCCCAUUUCUGGGGCAGACUGAGUCUCACAGCUGUUCGUGCCUGUGCUCGCUCCUGCCGCGUGUCCUGCUUUAAAGAGGGGGCUGAGAUGGAUAGAACAAGCGCUUUGCUCUUUUUUACUUCCCUUUUACUGCAAGGUUAAAUUGUGUUUUUUUUAAAGCCAGCACUUCAGGUUGGAGCAUUUGGGAUUAUGUCCCAAACACUGACUCCAGCACUUUUAUCCUCAAUGUUUUUUCUUCCACCGCCUCUCACUUUAGUACUUUUCAUUUACCUUCCUCACUAAACAUUCUUUUCACUGUCGCUCUCUUUUCACGAGAGAAACGUAGUGGAGGAUAAGCACAUUUAAACUCACUUUAACCAGCUCUUUAUUGGUGAAAGAGUACAUUGUUCACAGAUUUUCAGCAGCAUUUCACACAUCUUGUAAAAAGAACACUAAAGCGGUAUCAGGUUAUAUGAAGUCACAGGAGGUUAGAAAAUCCAUCCUGUGCACAUUAAUUCUCUGCCUUUGUUUGUCUCUUCUCACCUUGGCAAUGACAACACUCUGCACGGGGAAGAACACUGAACCUACACCUCUGUAUCAGUUUAAUUAAUCUAAUGCAUGCCUAAUUAACAAGUUGCAUUAUCUGCAGAACCACGGAGCCGUGAUGACAAGGGAAGGGUUAGGUUGACGGACAGCCAGCGGAAGGUUUAGGGUGAUGGACGGGAGGCCCAGAGAAUUGUCGCAGCCAUCAAACCUCUGCCUCCCCCAUCUGUUCAUGAAAAUGGAUUUUGCACCGGUGGAUGAAUGAAAGGACGGGCAGAAUCCCCUCUCACAGUAAUUCAAAUCAUAGUUGAUGCCCAGAGACAGUGUAAUUACGCUUGUGUAAAGAUUCUGUGUCUGUGUGGGACCGGAGUAGAAGACUUUAUAAAAAAUGAUGUGAGGAACUGAAUUUGCGGUGGAAAACAGAGCAUUAGGAGACAAGUUUGGACAAAAUCAAAUUAACACUACCAGUAAGUUAAAUUGCAUACUAAAGAAUCGGUGUUUGGAAAGAGGUUAAGGAAAAAAACAUCCGUUUAAUCUGAUGUUUAAUCUGCUGUUCUGUCUUGUCACAUUUUCUUCUCCUCUGUAGGGAUUAUAAGGCCAACCACAAAAAUACCACAGCUUUAUGUUAAACUCCUAUCCUUAAUGAGUUGGUAUGAAUGGAUUUUCCCCCCAUAAUGUUCUGUUCUGUUUUUCAAAAUAUAACAGGCACCCCAUAAAAGAUGUGUGUGUGAUGGUAAUGGUCACCCCCUGGGCUGUGUGUGUGUACGGGGACAGCUUACCUGGUAAGUUUUUGCUUUGUGUUUUUACUUAUUUUUUUGUUGAAGGUGCCAAUAUUUCUCACAGCAUCUCUCAGACACUCCCUGAUUUUUUUAGCUUUCAGCAUUGAAUUCAUGCAAAAACACACAUAUUCUUCUUCACACUUUUCCUCUUCAAACACACCGAGACCCUCGCUCUCAGAAGUGUCUGUCUCUCUUCGCUCUUGACUCCCCCUUUUCAUCUCUUCGGCUCACCCUCUCUCCUCCCGUUGUUGGUCUUUCAAGUGGAAGCCCUGAGGGCAGGCAGAUAGACAGAGACGAAGGCCUGAAAUUGUGAGUCUUAAUUAUGAAGAUGAGUGACUUAACAGGAGUUGCUGCCAGCUGUAUCUUGGCUCAGCAGUGAGCCUGAGGGGAGAACAGCAGCCAAACCACUGAACGUCUUCACAGCCAGCAGGCCUCUGCUCAGGCUCAGCCACCUAUCCUAAUUGUGACCGAGUAAUUCCCUUCACUCUGAGCUCAUAGCUGAAGUCUUCUGAGUUCAGCAGAGAUGAGACAAGAGUGCGACGACAUCUCCACGUGCUUGUAGCUGUGUCUGAUUGCACUCUGUCUAAAGGGCAACGGCGGGAGCACAGUUUGGUCAAAUGGGUUUUAUAUGUUGCAGAAGUGUGGGUCUAGUUGAAUCAGUGUGACAGAAGUGAUACAAACAAGUCAGAGGAAAUUAACUUUGGGUGCGCUUGUCUCUCAGAGGCGACGGCAGGUGGUUGCAGCAGCUUCCCGAAACACCGCUUUAAUGUCCUUUUCACACAAAGCAACACAACCAGGCACAGCAAAUAAAAACUAUAAUAGAAGAACAACAACAACAAAAAGCAAAUUAGACCUCCUAUAUACAUGAAUACAUUUAAUAUUAAAAAACAAGUGUCAAAUGACCCCUCAUUCUCACCAUUUGAUGAUCCAUGUAGAAGACAUAGAGAUAAAUAAACUGCAUGGCUCUUGGCCAUAGCAUUAUUAAGCAUAAUAAGGAUAGAUGUAAGCUUAGGCUCUUGUUUCACUCUGACAUGACUCUGUUUGUCUGCUUAGCUUACGUACUUGGACAAGCAAUAGGCCUACAAAAGUUAGAUUUUGCUCUACCGUUUGCAUUUCUAAACAUUUUGUUUUAGAAAUGGCUUUUAGGUGAGGACUAAUGUCUUUGGCGAACGUAACACAGGAGCAGGACAGAGUCACUAAGGUUAGCCCACACGCUGACAUUAGCAUCCACGACCGGCUUCAACACACAAAAUAAUGUGGUCCGAAAUGCCCCUGGCCUUGGAAGUAGGUACAUUAGGUUACUACUGUUGGUAGUAAGCUAGUUAGCUGAACAUGGGAAUGAAUGCGUCAUGUUUAAGCAGACAAAACACAUUGUUUAAAACUGCUCCUGAUGAUAAAAAACAAACUAGAAAAUACUAGAUGAGUUUUGACACCUGUGUGGGGCCUUUUGGCAAACAGUGUGAAAGAAACCUGAGUUUCCUACUUGUACGGUAACAACUGUCCAUGACUGUGAACCUGAUGCAUUUAAAUGCAGCACUCAUCAGCAAUGACAAGGCUGAUGAGAGCAGUAGAGGCUGCUGUCCUCAGUCGCACACAGACAGACUAUUGAUUUCAUGAUUAGGCUGUCUGUCUUGGGUUCCUAUUAAGUCUGUCGAUUGCAUUGAUAGUACAAUAGCGUCGACUGUCCACUGGAUGUUUUCUAAAUGACAGGAAAACAGACUGUCAUAGCUCACUGCACUCCUCUGUGUCUCUUUGAAUAAGCAAACUUGUGUACUCUCCCAUGUAAUUGGUUCUGCUCAAAUGCUGUUUCUGCGUAAUCUGCGUCAUUAUCUUUUCUUAUUCGGAUCUCCAUCUCAUCCGACUUUUCAAAACACUUUUCCUCCUGCGGACUCCUGCGUCACGUCUUCAUUCGUUCAGUAUCUAAUGUACAGGUACACCGCUUGUGGUAUUUGCCUGGCAUUGUGUCUCCAAGUGAUAUUAAGUUGAGACCAUUUAUCAUUGUCAAGAGAAAACAAACAGCUGUAUACUGUUGGGAUGGAUGGACAGACAUUACAGUGAGAGAAUGACACAUUAAAGAGACAAAAAUAGAGCAGAAACCAAUGACAAACAAACACUUCUCCUCUGUGAUGUAAAUACUCUGGGGUUUUCCUUUUCCCUUUUUCAAAAUCUAUUUAAACUCUGGGUGUGUUUGUUGCUCUGGACCAUAUUCAUACAGCCUUAGUAGAUCCAAAACCCAUCACGCUCUUUCAAUUUUUGCCUUCUACUUACACACAGUGUUGUUUUUAUACUGCUGCAUCAGAAAAACUCGCCGGUCAACAACGCACUCUGCAGAAGAGCUAGACGUGAGGUGGUAGUUUACCAUACAGACAAAUAUCACUUCUUUGGCUCUGUUCCCUGCACAACACUUCAGUUUGCAGCUAGCUUCUAUGUGUUCAUGUCGACUGUGAGCACAGACACAAUAUAACUGCAACUGAGCCCGUCUACGGCCGUGUGAAUCUGGUCCACAAGUAUUUAUCCAUAUUUAUUGAUGUAUGUUCUUAUGAAUUCCAGUCCUUUCAUUGUGUUAUAUAUUCUUUACAUGACAAAUGAUCAUUAAAGGAAACCCUUGUUUGGAUCUGU